GUGUGGUAAUAUCCGUUCGACGGUUCCAGUGCACAAAAAGAGAAAUUUUAUUCGAAAGUUAAAUAAUAUUCAACAAGUUCGUAAAUUCUAUCCCAACUUCCCCCUGGUUAUCUAAUAAUUUUGUGAACUAAUCGAUAGUUAUACGUCACCACCCACUAUUUCAUGGAACCAUUCACACUGCGUUGAUUGCUGGCUAGAACAGGUUUAUAAUCGGGAUUAUCGAUCAAUCUAAACUAGUUUUUUCUCCUUUAUGCUGUUGGAUUCCCCGCAGAGGUACGCAAAUAAUUUCAUCAGUUGCAAUCAACAUUAUUUCAACGACCUUUUUGCACGAUAAAAACUUUCUCCUAUUUCCAGAUAAAAUCUGGCAGCAACCGGGCAACGCUGGUAAAGACACAACACAAGCACCACUUUUUUUAAUACGUUCGUUUUGGGGGUGUGUUUAGUUGUCAUUUUGUUGGGGAAGAGCAGUCGACAUUUUACACGGUAAAGAAGAGGUCAAUAUCGCGCGGCAGUUAGUCUUGGACGAGAAAGAAAGAAAACGCCUUUUGCUUCUUUUAACUUGGCUUGUAAUUGCUUAGAUUUCCAUUCCAACGUUGUGCUCCCUAUCCUAUACAAGGCCAUUCGCCUUUUACGACGGAGUUUCUGGGUUGGUUUGCUCUCACACAAAGUCAUCUUUCUAUGAGCCAGUCGUUUGGUCGGUUUGAAAUGCUCUUGAGCCGCGGAGAGGCUCAUCUCUUGGCCACGUCUGAAGUUGGCUUGUCUCUUUCAGCUCCUGCUUCGAGACCAGAAGCUUCUGUGAACUUCCAAAGCAAUGCUAACAGUUUGCCCGAGGAUGGGAAUGGCGUGGAAUGCCACAGCCCUCCUCUGUGUUUGACUGAAUCUAAAGUGACCUUCCUCUCUCUCGGUGCAUUUUCUCCCAGCAAUAUUGGGCAUAGCAAACUACCUUGCACCCAGCUCAGCUUUGGUCUCCCACCACCCAGAACCAUUUGUGAAAAUUCUUGUCCUCCAGUAACAAUCAACGGGGAACCUCAAAUGUCAAAAUUCAUGAACCUUGCCAGAAAGUUUAAUUGCUUCUAUUUCAAUGGUGAUCUUCAGCACUGCAGGCCAUUUUUGGUCUGUGGCAAGCAAGUGGGUGUUAUGCAAGCCAGGGUAGUCGAAGCUGCGUGCAGGUAUCCUGAUGUAUUCCAAAUGGAUUCUUCCGGAAUGAUUUCGAUGCAUCCCUCUCUUACAACGUACGAGGAACGAAGUGCCCGAAUUAACCACGUCCUGUCUCAAUGGAAGGAGGAACGUCUGUUUGUUACCUUAAAAGGCUGGAGAAACGAGUGCUACGAAGUUAGGACGGGAUUUGCCGAUCCGCCCCUUCUUAAGAUGGAUCGCUCUGCGGCAUGCCUUUUCGGUGUCCGCCAGUACGGCGUAGAAAUCAACGGAUACACUCGCCACCCUCAACUAGGCAUGUCACUCUGGCUCCAGCGAAGGGCUCUCUCGAAACCCACUUGGCCUGGCAAAUGGGACAAUAUGGUCGCUGGCGGGCUGUCAGUCGGCCACUCGGUCCUCGAUACAGCAUUAAAAGAAGCCGAAGAAGAAGCUUCCAUCCCGGCUUAUUUACUGGCUAACCUAAGAUCUGCGGGAUCUGUGUCGUUCUACUUUGAAAGUGAGCGAGGCCUCUUUCCCAACACUGAAUUUGUUUACGAUCUGGAGCUACCACCUGACUUUGUUCCGCACAACUCUGACGGCGAGGUGGACAUCUUUGAAUUAGUACCCGUCAAUCAGGUGAUGGAAAGAAUUUUUACCCCCGAGUACAAGACGACCAGUUGCCCAACGACGUUAGACUUUCUCAUCCGGCACGGCUUCAUCAACUCGGACAACGAGCCUCGUCUGCCCGAAUUGGUGGAAUUGUUGCACAUUCCCCUACACUACCUCUACAGCCAGUCGAGCAGCCAGUCGCCCAUUUCCCCUAAAUAGGAGUACCAAUCCAGCGAGCAUCACUGGUUAAACGAUUACGAUAUUUAAUAAGAACCCCCCCUCGAGAUCCGAUUUGUUUUUCCUCCUCCUCUUUCGAUACUGGUAAGACUUCCAACUUUCUCUAGCUCUUCUUUUAAAAACAAUUCUUCUUUCUUUCGAACGUAUUGAACAUCUCCUAGGUCGUAUAGCGCGUUGCUGCCCAGUCGCUCUUGAUUGAUUUAGCCUUUUGACUGCCCGAACGUAAACAACAUCACAUGUUUUCUUUUUUCUGCCCGUUAGCAUCAUCGGUCGAACGCAUUCUAAUCGCUUUCUCUUCAUUUUCUUCUCACCACUCUCUCGAUCUUUUUUUACGUUUUCCUCCUUACUCCCUCGUUGAAACCCCCUAAAGUUUCGGUCGCUCUUCCAGGAGUUACCAAGUAAGAAAGAGGAGAGCUCAUGUUAAAUGCUAAAAAUAUCAACCGAGAAUUUUCUUUCCUCCAAAACCAAAAGUCGAAAUUGAUGGGCAUUGAAUCGCCCAAGGCGUCUUACCAAGCCAAAGAUACCGACGAAAUAGAAAGUGUCAUUGUGUUCUUAAAAGUAUCAUAGAAAUUUAAAACAAAACAAAACAAAAAAAGGAAACUUUAGAAAAUUAAUUAAACUAGGCUGUUUGGGAUUUUAUUUCAAAAAGAAAAACCCUUCGAAUUAAAACCGGAAGAAGAAGAAGCUCGAGAAAAAUUGAAUUGUCCCCACCUUCCAUUGAUCAUAAAUUAUUCAAAAAAUUUCGUGUUUUGUCAUACUUUUUGCCCACGCAUGUUUUUUCUUUCCUAGUAUUAUUUAUUUAGACUGGUAUUUUGCUCCCGUGUGUUUUUCGGAACGUUCUUUUUUUUUUUUUUUUUUAAGAAAUUAGUUUCUAUGCGUUUAUUUUUUAACAAAACACAUACAACUCAACACCAACCAUCGAUCCAUCCUCUCCCUCCUUGUGUUUUGGCUCAUCCUAGUCUCUCUGUAAACCGGUUGUUUUUGUAAUCCUUUUUGAGAAUACCAUUUAGGCCUACAUAAUAUUAUAAUGAAAGAAUUUUUUCCCGAUACGAUACAACAGCAUAUUCCAUGUUUCAACGCUAAAAAAAAAAAAAAAAAUUGAAAAGAAAAUAA